AGAGAUUUCGUAGCAGCAAGCUGCGGAUCACACUCAGUUGCUUACUGAAUAUGCCAGGAUGAUGGCGAUGAAAAUUCUUCUCGCCGUUGCCUUACUUUGCUUCACGCACAUCAUUGCUGGAUUUACAACUACGAAGAUAGGUCCAAGGCCUUUGUGGAGAGCAACAUUUACAGAUGAGUUAAGGCAGAAUCUUCUACUGAACUACGAUAAGUUCGCAAGACCCGCGCAGCAUUUCAAUGUCACCACCGUGCAAUUUGGCGUUGCUAUACGACAUAUCGAUUUCAACGAACUUAAGUCCACUUUGACCGUACAUGCUUGGAUGAAACUUUCAUGGAAUGAUGAUAAACUCAAGUGGAAUGCCAGCGAUUAUGGCAACUUGGAAGUCUUGCAUUUGGCCGAUCACGAAAUUUGGCAACCAGAUCUAUUCGUAUACAAUGGAGCUCCUUCAACUGCUAUCAAUCAUUAUGGAAAUGCUCAUGCUUUGGUCUAUAGCAAUGGUCAUAUACUCUUGGUUCCUCCGGUCCAGAUCGUCGUUCUUUGUGAAAUGAACUUGAGAUAUUGGCCUUUCGACACACAGACUUGCAACUUGAUCUUUGGAUCAUGGACUUAUAACGGACUGCAAGUUGAUUUAGAACUAUAUGAAAAUAAAACUGUCCUGGAUAACGAAAUGUUAAUUAAUAACUCUGAAUGGAAAUUAUUACGUUCAGAACUUCAAAGGAAUGUGAAGAAAUAUGAAUGUUGUACUGAGCUAUAUCCAGAUGUUACAGUCACAUUGGAGUUAGCAAGAAUUUCACCAUCGUAUCAAGCUAUCAUCAUUACACCAGCUUUCGCUAUAAUAUUCUUGAUUUUGAUGUCAUUUUGGCUACCACCGAAUGCCGGUGAAAAAAUUAUUCUGCAAAGCUGCACCGCCAUCAUAAUUACCAUGUUCUUGUUAUACUUUACACAAAAAUUACCUGCUAUGGGAACACACACGCCAUUAGUAGUAUUAUUUUUUAGCACUAGCCUGUACGUAGUAUGCUUUAGUCUAAUGGGUUCUAUAGCCGUUAUUUGGAUAUCCAGAACAAGGCAUAGUUAUGGCCUCCCUUGGGCUUUGAAACAACCAUUGAUAGGUUGUUUAGGUAAAUGGUUGUUCUUAGGAAACUACAUUUCACAGUCAAAAUUAAAUCAUCGCGUAACUUCUGAGGAGAUGCGGGACAAUCAAGCUGCAGAUGCCGAAGAAAACAACACGAAUGACGAUCACCAGAUGAUUGGAAGUGGAUCGCAAGCACCAAUGCAGCAAGACUGGGUUAUGUUUGCUGCUGCUAUAGAUAGAUUAUCCUUCAUUGGAUAUUCUUUUCUUUUUGCUAUUUUAGCUAUAACCUAUUCACUAUAAUUUCUUUUUUUUUGUAUAUGUUUAUUACAUUAACCAUAUUUACAUUCAUAAAAUUAAAUUUUGUGUUUAAAUAAACGAUUACAAAAGAUAA